AUGGGCCGAACUCCUUCAAAAAAUCCCAAUGAUGGACCUCGUCCUGUCGCUCCAGGCAGCGCGCCCCAAUAUCCUCUAUCCCACAAUGCGCCAAUGGGUCAGCACUCGACUUAUGAUCCAUACCACGCUAUGGUGUCGAGAGCCCCUCCACCAGAGGCAAUGCAGGUACAGGAUGGGUUGGCUCCGUUGGCUUCGGGCACCCAGCCAGCAGUUCAACCUCCCCUAGUCAAGUCUUUGACCCACGAUGGUCGCAGAUAUGAGCUUGUAGUAGUCCAACAGCCCCGACGUGCUCGCAUGUGUGGGUUUGGAGACAAGGAUCGACGCCCAAUCACUCCUCCACCUUGUGUUCGACUGAUAAUAACUGAUAUUCUUACCGGAAAGGAGGUAGACUGCAACGAAAUCGAGCAUGGCAUGUUCGUCUUGAAUGUAGAUCUCUGGGACGAGUUUGGACACCGGGAAGUCAACCUGGUCCGCCAUUCUGGUUCUUCACCUGGAAUCUCUUCUACUACCCCUGCUUCGUACCAAGACGGCCCAGGAGUCUACUCAAACAUUGCUCCACAACAGCAACCCUUCAAGCUUGAACCAGGACAACAAGGCGCAUAUAAUCCUUAUCCCAACCAACCGCAAGUGAACCCUUACAGCAAUGGUCAACCAGCUCCAUAUAACAAUGGCUCUCAAUACCAAAGCUAUUCCCAAUCUACCAAUGGAUCAGGAUAUACUCCGCAAAGCUACUCCCAAGCACCUCAAGGUGUUUAUUAUACCACAACACCUGGUGGUAUUCAUGGAGCUCCUCCUCCCCAAGGAGCUGAGUAUGGCCAGCACCAACUUUCAUACGGCAAUCGUCAAUACACGCCUGCAGACAUGGCUGUCCAACGUGCUCCGGUCAACAGUGGUCAGCCACAAGGCAUGUUCACCAGAAAUCUUAUCGGAAGCCUUGCAGCCAGCGCCUUCAGGUUGACCGAUCCAGAGGACAAGAUUGGAAUCUGGUUUGUUCUUCAAGACCUCUCUGUUCGAACAGAAGGCGCUUUCCGACUCCGCUUCUCCUUCGUCAAUGUUGGCGUUCAAGGUUCUGCUAGUACUGGACCAGGAAAGAAUGUCUCCUCGACCACUGUCAACACUGGCCGAGCGCCUGUUCUGGCGUCGUGCUUCUCGGAAAGCUUCACCGUGUACUCUGCCAAGAGAUUCCCCGGUGUUGUGGAGAGCACCGGUCUCAGUAAAUGCUUUGCCACUCAAGGUAUCAAGAUUCCAAUUCGCAAAGACGGUCCCGGCAAGGGCGACAAGGACAAGGACUUCGAAGAUGAUUGA